GAGAUCUGAGGGGGAGGGGAGAGAUAGAAGGGGAGGGGGAGAGACGACUCAGAAAGUGGCAUCUGCACAAGAAACCUACAGGAGAGUAAAAACCCUGGAUCUUUGUAACUACGCGCCAGAUGCAACGCAAGCAACGACUUCGUCACACUAAAAUAGAUUUUGUGAGGGCCAAAAGUAUAAAUUACGAAGCAGAAAUGAGUAUCAAACAACUUCCAGCGGUUUGCACCUAGGGAAAGACAAGAAGAACUCACUAGGACCAAACCAACUCAAUCCAAACAACGCCUCCAGUAGGAAAAGAGAAAAACUGCGCCAAGCCGAGCUCUGAGUCGACAGGAGAGCAGCGCGCGGAGCCGGCGGGGGCUGCAAACCUCGCGCGCGCCGGACUGGGCUGCACUCCGCCGCCGCUCGCUGGACGUUAAUUACAUCCUGCACUUCCCGACUGGGGGCUGCUGCGGAGGACCGCAUCACCCCCACGGGCUGAAGACGCCCUAGCAGCGCGGGAGAGAAGUUUUUAAAGAAUGAACCACCGAAUGCUUGGCUUUUAUUUUUAAAUUUACUUUGGCACUUAAAAGACUUCAUCCCCAGAUAGCUGGGCAAUCUCGGCUGCAGACUUAGACGUCUUGGUAACUUGAAUUUUUCUCUCUCCUCUCCCCUCAACCUCCCCUGCACAAGGUUAUCUUUAUUUUACUUACAGAAGAGAAAGCCCUAAAAAGGGUCCCUGCGGGACCUUCCCCCUCCCGCCAUCACCUUCUGCAGAAGAAAAUAGGGUUUCCAAAGCGGGAAAGGAAGAGGCCGGCCGGCUACAGCGCCAGCCAGCCGGGCAGCCCAGGUGGGAAGCGGAGAAAGUGGGGCUCAGGGAGGAGCGCACCGCCUCUUCGGAAGCCGCAGGGCCACCACCAGCGCGUGAGCCUUGGAUCCCUCAACGUACUGCGAGACGCCGGUGUACAGCCCGGACCUGUGCCCCAACAUGAUCGCCGCGCAGGCCAAGCUGGUCUACCAGCUCAAUAAGUACUACACGGAGCGCUGCCAGGCGCGCAAGGCGGCCAUCGCCAAGACCAUCCGAGAGGUUUGCAAGGUGGUCUCGGACGUGCUCAAGGAGGUGGAGGUGCAGGAGCCCCGCUUCAUCAGCUCCCUCAGCGAGAUCGACGCGCGCUACGAGGGGCUGGAGGUCAUCUCCCCAACGGAGUUCGAGGUGGUGCUCUACCUGAACCAGAUGGGCGUCUUCAACUUCGUGGACGACGGCUCGCUGCCUGGCUGCGCGGUGCUCAAGCUGAGCGACGGGCGGAAGCGGAGCAUGUCCCUGUGGGUCGAGUUCAUCACGGCGUCCGGCUACCUCUCCGCGCGCAAGAUCCGCUCGCGCUUCCAGACGCUGGUGGCCCAGGCGGUGGACAAGUGCAGCUACCGGGACGUGGUCAAGAUGAUCGCAGACACCAGCGAGGUCAAGCUGCGCAUCAGGGAGCGCUACGUGGUGCAGAUCACGCCGGCGUUCAAGUGCACGGGGAUCUGGCCUCGCAGCGCGGCACAGUGGCCUAUGCCCCACAUCCCCUGGCCCGGCCCCAAUCGGGUGGCGGAGGUCAAGGCCGAAGGGUUCAACUUGCUCUCCAAGGAGUGCUACUCGCUGACCGGCAAGCAGAGCUCAGCGGAGAGCGACGCCUGGGUGCUCCAGUUCGGGGAGGCGGAGAACCGCUUGCUGAUGGGCGGCUGCCGGAACAAGUGUCUCUCGGUGCUGAAGACGCUGCGGGACCGCCACCUGGAGCUGCCAGGCCAGCCCCUCAACAACUACCACAUGAAGACCCUGCUGCUGUACGAGUGCGAGAAGCACCCGCGGGAAACGGACUGGGACGAGGCGUGCCUGGGCGACCGGCUCAACGGCAUCCUGCUGCAGCUCAUCUCUUGCCUGCAGUGCCGCCGCUGCCCGCACUACUUUCUGCCCAACCUCGACCUCUUCCAGGGCAAGCCCCACUCGGCCCUGGAGAGCGCUGCCAAGCAGACCUGGAGGUUGGCCAGGGAAAUCCUCACCAAUCCCAAAAGCCUGGACAAACUAUAGGGUGCUGGGCACCGCUUGAAAAGCGUGCUCUCUCACAUGCAAUGCACCGCUCAGCGACGCACGGCGGAAACUCUGGACACAAACUUUUAUGUAA